AUGUCAGAAAAUGUCUCCAAGAUUCUGACUCGUAUCACAACCUAUGACGGGUCUGCCGCUGAUCCCUAUGACCAUGAGAUCGCUCUCAUCGAUAGCACCCAGCCUGGGAACGAGGCGCAGUCCCACGGUGAGCCUCGUUCAAGCUCUCCGAGCUCGAGCACGGGGCAACUGGCUAAGAAAGGAACAAGAGAAUCUUUGAAGGAGCAUCUGGGCCGGCGGAAGUAUGCCAAAUACCAGCAGGACCGUUACCACUCCAAAACGGGCAGUAUUGUUACCGCCGAGGAGCCUUCGUCGCAAUCAGCGUCAACUCCGCAGGCGCAACAAGUCGGGACAGAGGCUGGAACACAGGAAGUGGAUUUUGCACACACCGCUUCUGCCACGAGAGGACGAAAGAGUGCGGAGAGAAGGAGGCGAGAACACAAAAAGGCUAAACACGAAAUCCAUGAAAUCGACAUACUCUACGAAAACCAGCGGGGUGCGUUCUUUUGUGGCAUUCCUCUUUACUCACACUCGUCUCUGCUGCCGCCCGAUCCUAGUCCAUGGUCGAACAAGGAUAUGAAGGAUUCAGCCGUCAAUAUCACCAAUGCUCAGGUGCCUGAUCCGACGUGGGAAUGGGCAUGGAACAGCUGGUAUGUCGACAUGAGCCACGACGUGGACGAGGAAGGUUGGCAGUACUCGUUUGCCUUUGGACGCAGUUGGACCUGGCAUGGGACGCAUCCUUGGUUCCACUCAUUUGUCAGACGGAGACGAUGGCUACGGAAAAGAGUCAAACGCGAGGUGCACGGCAGCUAUGGGAUGCCUGGGAGCAUGAGUGAUGCCCACCACUUAACCGGCGAUUAUUUCACUAUCCAUUCAAAGCGAGAUCGUAGUCCGAUCAGUGCGGUUGAUGGCGCCGGUAAAACCGCCAGACCAUCAAGCUUCAUCAGCUUUCCAAGCACGAUUGAUCAGGACCAGCCGCCAGAGGAGAUCAGAGACAUUGCGACCCUGCUUACGGCACUCAAAUUUGCACCUAUUGAUCGAGAAAAGAUUGAUGUGGUCAAGAGGUUCGUCCAACAAGGUGGAGAGGAGCUUGUCUACCUCAAAGACCAUAUACCAGAUAUUAUGUCGUUUCUCGUCUUCCAGAAUUCCAGGAGGCAGCUCCUUUCAUACCUUAAGAAGACGGCAAAUGAAGCGCGCGAACACCGGCGGACCCACGAGGAAGAGGACAAGCCAGAGGGUGACGCCGAAAGUCGAAGAAUCGACAAUCUGCUCGCUGCAGUCGAGGCUGCCGAUGCCGAAAUCGGAGCCCUUGAAUACUGGAGCGACAGGAAGCAUGUAUUGAAAACGGACGAUGCGCAAAGUCUGGCUACCCGACCGAUAGCCACCAUCUUCGAUCAGCCGGCUCCGAAGCCAAAGACGGACGAUGACCCCGUGGAAGAGAUCAAAGGAAUAUCCGAAAAGGCUGACAUUACACAGGGAACCACGCAGUCCGUAUUCAAUCCCGAUCGACAGUCAUCCAUUGAAGACAAGCAGGAGCAAGACAAAGCGAAGGAGAAGGAAGACAAGGGCAAAGGUCGUGCGUAUGACAGUGAGGACGAUCAGGUGGAGCAAGACUCGACACCACAUUUGGGCGCCGAUGAGGUCCUUGUUCCAGACCAAGAUUAG